GAUCUCGCAAUGCGUUCCUCACAGAUCUUGGUGCAUCUCCUGUCGGCCGCACUGCUGGCUCAACCGUUACUGGCUGCCCCGAUAUUUUGGUUUCUACCCUGGAGUUUCCCCAACUUCCCGACGAGCACAUCGAGCACUUCCGGCAGUACCAGCUCCUCCGCCUCCAGCGGUGCAUCGAACUCUUCGAACGUUUCGGUUGCGAUCGGCAAUCGCGUCAACACUUCGACCGGGCUCGAUGAUUACGGUACCAACAUAACGAACGUGCAGAUCAACGUGAAUCGGCAGCGCCGUUCAGUUGCUAACACGUUUCUCAACCUGAACGACCUCGGUGACGGAGGUAGUGGUGGUGAUGAUGCAGAAGCUGAUACCGGUGGUUCCUACAUUUCCAUCGGUGAACACAUUAUUCGACUGCCGGCAAACAUCUCCAAUCUCACUCUUAACACGUACCUCAUUAACGGAGUGCCGGUGGACGAAAGCAUGGCGGUUCCGAGCGAGAUGGAUGGAAACGCUGGAGAGACCAAUCUACUGGUGACGACAAUAAGGCUUUUUAGGAACUUUUUAAAAUCAUUCCUCGCACCAGCUAGCGGCUAGGCGUAGCGUAGUCUUAACAACAAUGUUCGAAAAUUACUGCCAUCUUUCUCAUCGUCGUCGUCGUUCGAUUAUAGCUGCACCUCAAUUAUUCGACACCUUAUACUUGCUGUAAACAAGGAAGUACACCUCCGGAGUUCAAGUUAGGUGUGCUUUACACCUCACAAGCGUAUUUCUCUCAGCUGUAGAAUAAGGUCGGGCAUGAGGAAAUGGGAAAACCGGCGCAUCACCCAUUGCGUUCUAUUUUAAGAUGCCCACUAUAUGAUCUACGCUGCUCGCGAGCAGAAGGAAGUGAAUCACAUCCGUAUGUACUUUUGACGCAAAAACAGAAGCAAAUAGUACGAUGAUUUACAGCCAUUAUAUGUGCAGAAUUCCAUCGAACGAGUGCGUAGAAUAAUGCAACACAGGUUUAUGGAGUAGAUUAGAUAGAAGCCCUGUAAAAGUCUUCAACAGUCUUGCAUCUUGAAUGCCUUGUUUCCUUUUAAAUAGACCAAACAUACGCAUAAAACUAAA